UCCCUCAUAAUUAAUAUUAAUAAUUAUUAUAAUUAAGUAGGGGGUUUUUCCUAUUUCAUUUCGUACUAGUAUUAUCAAUUAUUUCAGUUAUAUUUUACAGCAAGCAAAAACUCGAUUCUCAAAAAAAAAUAUUAUCAUCAAUUCCAUCGCCCCCUCAUUUCCUUCAAAUUGUAAUUCAAUGACGGAUCCUUCUUACACUAGCCUUCCUACUAGUCACUUGCCUGGUUCUGUUCCGGCUGUCAUAACUGAAGGAAAGGCUUCAGCUAUACAACACGACCCUGAAGCAAAUCUUCAAAUAUUUCCUCCUAAUAGUGGCGGCGGCGGUGGACGGGGAUACCAGACUCUUACAAGUCCAAACGAUGGACAGCAACCUAGCAACAACUGGAAUGGAGCAUUCAGCGUUUCCUCUUAUACACAAUAUUUUAAUGUUGAUACAGAUGAUGUUGUGAACAGAUUGACAAGUUCUUUGUAUCCAACUGGGGAUUUUUUCAGAAAAACCGAAGCCAACCCAGAUCUAUAUGGACUCAUCUGGAUUUCCACCACAUUGGUAUUUGUGAUUGCUUCAUUUGGUAACUGUGCCACAUAUCUGAUGAGUAGAAAGGGUAACUCUAUGGUUUCUUGGAGCUUUGAUGUGAGCUACUUCCAGGUUUCAGCCAUAGCAGUAUAUGGUUAUGUCUUCAUUGUACCACUGGGAUUUUACUUGCUGCUUCAGUAUUUUGGUUCGAGGGUUGGUCUUGUCCAGUUUUGGUGCAUGUGGGGAUAUUCUCUCUUCAUUUUCAUCAUCAGCUCUCUUUUAUUAGUUAUCCCAGUGGAUUUUCUCCGAUGGACCAUCACACUCAUCACGGGUAUCGCUUCAGCUGCUUUUGUUGGUUUGAACCUCAAGUCUCACGUAGAGUUAAAUGACCUGACCAUUGUGUUGGUUGCUGCGUGCGUGUUGCAAUUUGCUCUGGCCAUCUUCAUUAAAUCAUGGUUCUUCCAUUGAGCUUCUAAAACCCUAGAAGUGGUAUUUCGAUGUAAGUGAAUUUUGAAAAAGUAUCAAUUGUAGAGAUUGUCUUAGGAUUCUAGGCAUGUUUAGAUCAAUGGUUCAAGUGGCAAGCACUGUUAUAGCCCUUGGUUUGUAGAAAGGAAAGAUGAAAAGAGUGUUGAAUUUACUAAUUGGUUUUGGAAGAAUGUGAUUUUAGUUGAAUACCUGGAUUUGCUUGUAAAACUAACAAUGCUUCCUUUUGGGCGAAUAUGUGAUUUCUACCCCAAGUUUGUCCAGUUUGUUUAA